CGUUGGAAGAGAGCCUUCUCCUCUCUCCUGGUGCCAUGCCACUCCCCACCCCCGCCAGCUCUCUUCUUAGCCCCACAGUUGGCGGUUGGUUAGACUUUGAGGUCGUAAUCGUGGUUGCUUAGUUGGGAGAAGGCCAAGCCUCUGUUAAUUGUUUGUUUCCCGGAGCUUGACCUGUAUAAAGUUAGGGUUUGUUUUGCUUUGUUGAUAAAGUCUCUUUGGAAAUGACGGCAUAGAGGUUACACAAACUCUGGGUGAAGUGUGCCUCAGCCUUUCUUUCUUUUCCCUGGAAUGAAAAGCCAGACUCGUACUUCCUCCCAGCAUGGUUCUCCUUGGAGGCCGCCUUUGGCACUUCUACAGAUUUUAAUACCCCUGCUUCUUUUGCCUGUUGCUUUUGCAGGACCGGUGGAUGGUACUUUGGGCUGGAGAUUUGGUGCCGGGUCCCAGGAGCCAGUUUUGCUGAAUUGUUGCCACAGACUGCCGAGCUGUGAGUCUCCUUGAAGGUGUGUGGUCACGCCCAGGUGCCAGCACAGUUGGGGUCUCUGCUGGAAGCCGUCAAGGACUUUUGCCACAGGUGUGAAGACUCUCAAACUGCAGAGAUGCUGAAACAGAUAUUAUCAGACAUGUACAUAGAUCCCGAUCUACUGGCAGAGCUCAGCGAAGAACAGAAACAGAUCCUGUUCUUCAAGAUGAGGGAGGAACAGAUCCGCCGAUGGAAAGAAAGAGAAGCAGCGAUGGAAAAGAAGGAGUCCUUGCCAGCGAAAUCCAGGCCAAAGAAAGAGAACGGCAGAUCUGUUCACUGGAAGCUGGGAGCCGAUAAGGAGGUGUGGGUCUGGGUGAUGGGCGAACACCAUCUCGACAAGCCCUACGAUGUGCUCUGCGACGAAAUCACCGCUGAAAGGGCCCGGCUGACGGCCGCUGAGCAGGGAGCAGAAGUGCCCAGGUAUGAGCAAGGAUUUCUAAACCGUAUUGUCGGAGGAAAGUGGCAUUUGGUGGCUCAGGGGUUAAUGUGCCCAGCUGCUACCCACAAGUCACCCUCCACUUCUUCAAGGAAUAUUCAACAAAUGUUAGCCGACUCUAUCCAUCGAAUGAAGACGUACGGAUUUCACCAGAAGAAAGAAUCCUUGAAGAAAAAGGAAGAUGAGGAAAUAAAGCAAAUCGAUGAAGAGAGGACCAAGCAGAUUUAUAAGAACUGGAAGGAGGACUCCGAGUGGCAGGCAUCUCUGCGGAAAUCCAAAGCAGCUGAUGAGAAGAGACGGUCCUUGGCGAAACAAGCUCGGGAAGACUAUAAGAGGCUGUCCCUCGCUGCCCAAAAAGGAAGAAGCAGCGAGGGGCUCCACAGCCACCCGAGUGUUGCACAGAAACCAAAAAGACCGCCCCUCCCACCCAAGCCUCAAUUCCUAAACCCACACGUAUACUCCAUAAACACUCUCAGGCAUCAGGGAGCGGCAAGGACGGCCCCCAGCUCCGCCCAGGAGGACAUCAUCCGGUGGUUUAAAGAGGACCAGCUGCCCUUGCGAGCCGGCUACCAGAAAACCUCUGAUGCGAUCGCUCCCUGGUUCCACGGCAUUCUCACACUAAACAGAGCAAAUGAACUUCUGAGUGUGGGCAUACCAGGCAGUUUCCUGAUCCGAGUGAGUGAAAAGAUCAGAGGCUACGUCCUGUCCUAUCUGUCCGAAGACGGCUGUAAGCACUUCAUCAUUGACGCCUCUGUGGACUCGUACAGCUUCCUGGGCGUGGACCAGCUGCAGCACGCCACGCUGGCCGACUUGGUGGACUACCACAAGGUGGAACCCAUAACUUCCCUGGGGAAGGAGCUUCUCCUGCACCCGUGUGGGCAGCAGGGCCCGCUGCCCGACUACCUGGAGCUCUUUCAGUGACAGACCCCCCUGUGCCAGCCUGCACCUUCCUGCUGGGCUUUCCUCUGGGCCAGCCCCGCUGAGAGGGACAUUUGUGUGUGAAGCCAAAGUCAGUCUGCAGAAGAGCCAGUAUACCUCAGCUGAAAAACAUCCCGGGAGUCUUCUCUGCAGUAAACCCACUCCAGGGCUAAUGUUAGGCGCAACAUCACCUGCAUCCUAGCAGCUCCAAACGCAUAAGGAGAAGAUUCCAAGUGUCAGCACCUACCUACCAUUGGAGGAGGAAGGGAGCAGCUGUGCGGAUGCAAAUUGGAUCUAAGGAACAACUGUGGAAAUUGAAGGCUUGUCAGAGUUGAAGUACUUCACCUGGCAUGCGCUACCUUCUGACCUCCCCCUUUCCUCUCAGAAUCAUUCUCAAAGGCCCCGGCGGCCCCAUACAUAAAGCCUGGGGCUGGCUUCUGGCUGCUUGCCGUCAUGGGUGGCCAAGACGACCCACUUAAUACAGGGACUCCAUGCACCGUGCAAGGAGGAGCCCGGAUGGAAGAGAAACAGCCCAGCAGAAAGGACACCCGCUACCUUUAACACAAGACGUUUAAGGACGUGAGUGAGACGCUUAUCAUGCGCAAAAAUACACAGGGCUUGUGGGGGGUGUCGGCAAGCAGCCCUAGUUUUGUUUCUUUGCUUGGGAGAAGGGACCACAUUCACCCUGCCUCCUGCCUUUUGGGGGCGCCGGCCAGGAGGGAGGCUGGCCCGGAGAGCGCGUGUGUCCACGUGGACGCCGCUGUGUGGCGUGGGAAGACCCCCCUUUGCCUCCGUGCUCCCUCUCUCUGUGUAGAGUCCACCCGGCUCAACAUGAAGUACAGAGGGAGGUGAGAGCGAGCUCCCCGCGGACUCUGUGUAGCUCAAGAGCAUAUUUGUGUUCCCUCAGGAGUCCUGGGCCGCCCCAGCACCUCUCAGGCCAGUCCCACACGGUGGAUGGACUCUGGGCAGUGACUCCCCACCCCCCACCCCAGGCGGUUCUGAGCCACUGGGGACUAUCUUUGCCAGGAAGAUGGGGAUGUGCGCAUGCGUGCGGCAGACCGAACUCUGUGUCAGCAGCCUUUCAGGUGUCCCUGAAAGAGGGGAGGGGGAUCUGUCCGUUUGCUGGUGAGGUUGCUGGUUGUGUCCAAUGUUAGUGGAAAUAUCGGAAGAGGGCGCUGUGUGUUUUCAUGAGAAAACUGUUAAACACGGUGCGCGGUCACUGUUUGACAUGUUUCCCGUUGUUUAUAUUGUUAAGUGAUGACAAUAAGAAUCCGUUCCUGAGCUUCCGCAACAAUCGCAGUGCUGUGGAAGAGCAGGGCUGGAUGUCGGGAGUUGA